UAAUGGGGCUUGAAGUGUUUACAGGUGUUUCCUCACAAGUUCAAAUUUAGUGGCCCCGGGGAGUUGAGAUUCUCAUAAGGCAGGAGCAAACACUCAAAUUUUGGGUUUUAGAAGGGUUGCACAUUUAAAGGGCCAGGCAGGCACGGCCUGGGCGCUGCUUUGGGUGUGUGAAGACAAGAGCUGUGCCACCCAGAGCAGCAGAAUGUGAGAAAUAAAAAUCACCCUCAGUGCCACAAGAGGUCAAAAACCUUCCUAAAAGACCCUUCUGCCCCGAUUUUGCAAAUUUGUGGUGAAAAUCCCAGGAGAGGCAGGUUCCUCCUUUGAUUGUUCAAACCCAUCUGGGUCUGACCCUUUUUUUAUGCAGAACACCUAUUUUUUUUUUUUUUUUUUAAUGCAGAACAUCUCCCAGGGCUCGCUGCCCUCGGAGGAGCUGCUGAGUGUGGGGAAGGAGAAGAAGAAGAAGAAGAAGAAGAAGAAGAAGAAGAAGAAGAAGCAGAGAGGAAAGGGAAAAUGUAGAAGUGGCUCUGGUUGGAGGGGUGAUGAUGUCACCGGGCUCAGCGGGAACACGGCGCUUUUAAAAAGCCGAAAGAAACAUCCUGACCCUCACUUGUCACCUCCCCACCCAGCAGCCACACACACACAGAGCCGAGGUAUCCUCAGCCAAGAAAGGGGAAAAAUAAAAGCUCCAUCCCACCACAGAAUGCACUGGCAAAAAUCUUCUGCCCCAGAGCAGCAGCCACAGCCCCGGCCCUACCAAGGCGUCCGAGUGAAGGAGCCGGUGAAGGAGCUGCUGAGGAGGAAGAGAGGGAACCUCCACAAUUCCAAUGCAACUGCAGCUGCCACGGUUGUUUUGCCCCAUCAGCCAGUCCCUUCCUACUCACCCAUGGGCCAGCCUUGCAUGGACAUGGACGCUGCUGCCCCUGCUCUGCCUGGCCCAGAGGAAGGAGCUCUGGGCUCUGGGUGGAUCCCCCAGCCCUCUCCCACCCCCCUGCAGCCCCUGGCUCAGUGGGGUCCCUACCCUGAGUACGUGUCCCACGAGGCUGGUGGCUGUCCCUACACAGCAGAUAUGUACGUGCAGCCCGUGUGCCCCAGCUACACCCUGGUGGGACCCUCCUCUGUCCUCACUUACACUUCCCAGCCUCUCAUCACCAAUUUUGCACCCCGCAGCACCACCCCGGCCGUGGUGCCACCGCUGGAGGUGACGGAGCAGCAGCCGCCCCUGCCGUACUUCCCAUGGGCACAACCCCUGCCCGCCCUGCCAGCCUCCACCCUGCAGUACCCUGCAGCCUCCUCCUCCUCCCUGCCCGGGCCCCAGCUGGUGCCCGUGCCCGUCUCCAUCCCCGAGCCAGCCCCGCAGGAGCUGGAGGACGCCCGGAGAGCCAUCGGCGCGCUGCCCAUCGAGAAGCUGCUGCUGGAAGAUGAGGACAAUGAUACGUACGUGUUAAGCCACGCUCUCUCUGUCCAAGGGAUUUAGGUUGCACAUCUGAGCCUCUUCCUCGGCUGCUCAGUGUCCAUCCAGCCCCUCGGUGGGUUUUGAGCAGGGAGGAGGAGCAGGCGGGGUGGGGAGGGAAUUUUAGCCCACUGUAAUUUGUGAAAUUCGCUUUGUUCUGGCGCCCAGCACAAGAUCCCUCUGCUCUUCCAGCUCCUGCUGCCUCUCCCCAGCAGGGCUGGAGGCUGCACAGCAGUGCUGGGCACCAGCACGAGGUGAUUUUCACCCUCGUGGCCUCAAAUUGCCAGAUUUGUACUCAAUUUGACAGAGUGUAGCUAAGGCCAGCUGUAGCAUUUGGUGAGGGAACAAUUACCUCUAAAUUUUGGCAAACCCUGAUCAAUAGGGCUGCUUUUGUGUAACUGCCUUGUUUGUGUGUCUGUGACCUGUCCAUGGAGGAACUCCCACCAGAUUUAGCCAAAUGUUAGAAAACAUUUGGGGGCCUAAAUGGACAUAUUUUUCUCCUAAAUUUUGCUACUCCUUUGGAAAUCAGGAAAACGUGAAGUGUAGCUUUGUUCCGCUGGUGCAGGCAGGUGCAGCAGUCUGAAAAUAAAGCUGGACUAAAUGCCAGAGCAGAGAUCCCCAUUUGCAGAGCAAGAAUUCACACCAAGGUGUAGCUGGAAGCUUUUGCUUUUUGUGGGUUGGGGUCCUUUAGCUGCAGAGGGGUUUGGGGCUCUGAAAUAUCCCAGUUUGAGGUGUGGGGCUGAGCCUGUCCCACUGAACUCUCUGGGAGCUUUGUCUGAGUCAGGAUUGGAAAUCAUGGCCCUGUGUCAGGAGAUCAUUGAGAAGACAGGGAUUUCCCAGAGCCUGGACUGCAGCCCAACAAGGAAUCCAUGGCAUUAUUGUUAUUUGGCAAUAAUUUCGCUUUUCUGUAGCCUUUGGGUGUGAAGCUGGUGAUGUGCUGAGCCAGGGAACCUUAGUGACCCCUCCUUGGAAAGUUCCCCAGGCCCAGAGGUGCACAUGAUUCCUUUAUGAAUUUCUGAUUUCCUUCCCUGAAGAAUGAGUAGCUUUUUCAUGAAACCAGCGCAACUGUAAAUAUUUUGGUUGAGGCUCAGGAGUGCCAUGCCACAGGCAAAUACAUUUCAGGAGAUAAAUCCCCUUCAACCCCUGUUGAUUGUUUUCUUGACAAAUGAGAGGCUCUUGGCUGGUCAACACAAUUUCUCUGGGUUUUUCUGCUUUCUAAAGCCCAGGAUUGUUAGAUGAUUUUAUUAUUUGCAAGACUAACAGCAAAAUAAUUUAUUGUACUCUUUAUUACCUGGAGUCCAGUUGUCACCCAGGCAAUAUUUCAAGUGGCCUUACAGUUCAUGCCUGGGUGAGGUUUGAAAACUCAGGUUGAAAGUCUUAAAGACUUUCCAAGAGUAUUUUUUAAUUGAAUAUUGACAAAUGUGGAAGACACGAGCACUAGAUCAUGUGAGUGAUCAUAAAGUUGUUAGAAAAGAGCAGUAGUUGAGGUUUGCAUUGAAAUUAGUGGCUUUUAUUUGCAGAAAAACCCAGCAAAGAAAUUAAUUCAAAGGAGCUUAAUUCACCACUGCUUCCUCCAGUUUGAUAAAGUUCAGAGAUAUUCCCUAGGUAAAACUGGGAUAAAGCAGUUGUGAAUCAAGCCUGUGGUUGCUCUGAUUGCUUUUCAAUUCCUUUCACUCCAAUGUAUGUAAAUUCUGUGUGUGAACAUAAAACAAAGAUGAAACUGUUUCAUCGUUUCUUUCUGGGUUGUUCUGGUUAGAAAAAAAGACU